AUGGACAUGACAGAAGCUGGUUCCAAGCGGAAGCUUCAAUUGCAAGAGCUUGAGGAAUUGAGGUUGGCGGCAUAUGAGAACUCGAGGAUAUCCAAGGAAAAGACCAAAGUUGCACACGACAAAUUGAUUGCCAAGAGGAUUUCAACAUGGGUUGGUCCUUUUGUGGUUACUCAUGUUUUUCCUUAUGGUGCAGUUGAGAUUAUGGACGAGUCGACUACGAAGAAACUCACAGUUAAUGGGCAGAGGCUUAAACAAUUCUACGAGGACUUUACAGAACACACAGUGGAGGAGCUAUCUCUCUUGGACCUUCCCCCGACCUGA